AAUGAACAUAAAAAUGUGAGUCUAUGCCACGCCCCAGUCCUCGACUCACAUCACCACGUAGUACCAUCCCGCGGAUCCCUUGUAACGAUGUGACACGUGACAGUAAUCAUUGAAGGCACCUAGUAGCUUAGUAAUAUAGUCGAGGAUCGAUACCAUCACCAUGCGCGCCUUUUACUUUGAUAACAUUCCAGGCGAUCAGCGGCUGCUGCACGAUUCCGGAAACCCUGUAUCGGAUGAUAUCCUGAAAUCUAUCGGACUACUACACUGGCACAUCCCAACGAACCAACAGAAUCAGAUUGAUACUGUUGCAAAGGAAAGAAACUACAAGAACAGAGAUACUAUCACGAUCACCAAGCAGGGCCUUGGAGAUUUAUACGAGACCAAGUUAAAGAGCUUUUAUGAAGAGCACAUGCAUGAAGACGAGGAGAUCAGAUAUAUUCUCGAGGGCAGCGGAUUUUUUGAUGUUCGAGAACAUCCCACGGAUUCAUGGAUUCGUUGUCAGCUAGACGCGGGUGAUCUCUUGGUUCUCCCUGCUGGCAUCUACCAUCGAUUCACUCUUGACGAGAAUAACAUGAUAAAAGCUUUACGUCUCUUCAAGGAUGAGCCCAAGUGGACUCCUAUCAACCGCGGCGACUUGACAGAUGUGAACCCUUACCGUGUCGAUUAUUUGAAGAGUAUAGCUGUUACCUGAUUGAAGCGGGCAAAAAGGAUAGUGCGUUCCGUGGAAUAUUUCCUGGGGUAUACCAGUGCGCCCAUGUAAUGGAGAAUCGUGUAACGAUACGAGUGGAAGUGUAAUCAACAAUGAGAUUUGGAUCUGAUGGGGUCCGAUUCCUCGUCGUUCCCCCAGUGACUGACUUUGUACUGGGACUAUAUCUACGAGCAAGUCAAUUUGUCGUUGACAGCGAAUUUCUAAUUUCCUCAGGCUGUUCUCUUCUGAUGCGACAAUUCUCCAGGCGCUGGGUUAACCGUUCACGCGUGGUACUACAUGUAUCAAAACGAAGAUCUA